AUGAUUGAAGUGCACAACAGCACCACCCCUGACCUCUGGCAGGAAGGGGGUGAAGCAGAGAGUUCACCGUGCGUGCUGGGAGCCCUCCCCAUCAUUUACUACAGCGGCUUGCUCUGCUUGGGUUUACCAGUGAAUAUUCUGAACGUAAUUGUCCUCUCCCAUCUGGCCAUCAAGACACAGAAGUCCUCCUACCGCUACCUUCUCUCUCUCUCUGCUUCUGACAUCCUCACUCAGUUCUUCAUCAUCUUUAUCGGCUUCAUCCUGAAGACAGCUAUUCUCCAGCGAAAGAUCCCCGACCCACUGGCGCACACAAUCAGUGUCCUGGAGUUCGCGGCCAAUCACGCUUCCAUCUGGAUUACAGUGGUGAUGACGAUUGAUCGGUAUUAUGCCCUUUGUCACCCUCUGAGAUACCGCAUGGUGUCAUACCCGGAACGUACCCACAGAAUAAUAGCAAUGGUCUUUGUAAUGGCUUUAAUUACAGGCAUCCCGUUUUACUGGUGGUCUGACCUGUGGCGAGUCAAUAACCCACCCACCGUUUUGGACCAAAUUCUGAUAUGGAUCCACUGCUUUGUUAUUUACUUCAUUCCGUGCUCAAUAUUUCUCAUCGUCAACUCAUUGAUUGUCUACAAACUGAAGAAGAAAGCUCUGGUCAACCGUUCAGGGAAGACUACUGCGAUUCUUCUUACAGUUACUACUGUUUUCGCCAUCCUCUGGGCACCUCGGACCGUGGUUGUUAUCUACCACCUGUACGUUUCUUCAGCUAACAGGAACUGGAAGGUUCAUCUGAUGCUCGAUCUGGCCAACAUGCUGGCCAUGUUAAGCACCGCAAUCAACUUCUUUCUGUACUGCUUUGUGAGCAAGCAGUUCCGUGUAAUGGUGAAGGAGGUAAUCCUGUCCUUCUGCAAGCACUGA